UUUAAAAGGAGCAACCAAACAUCUGGCAAAUAUAGUAAAAGGGGUAUUCUGGUAGGAUGUAUGCCUACCAUUAGUUCUGAAUACUGGUGAGGUUUUGAGGGCAAAAUGGCUGUGAUGAUUGGAAUCGCUUUCAGAGUUUCUUGGCUUUGUUGCCUGCUAAUUGGAGGGAUAAUGUCUUCUACAUCAGAAGUUUAUAUUUUGUACCUAGGUGAUUGGUCUCCUGCACUGGAUUCUAAUGCAGCAUGGCUCUAUGCAGGAUCACUUCGGUCUCUAGGAUAUGGCAAUUAUAAGUCUCCAAAAUCUCAAAUGCAAGCGCAACAGAAACAUCCGGCCGCCAUCGGGUGGAAGGAACUGGCCCCCAUGUCCCAGCAACCUCAGCAAGUGUGGAAUCCAGUUCAAAUGCCCCUGCAUCAGAAGCAACCAGCCGCAGAAGCUCAGCCGCAGAGGCAACCGACAACUGUGCCCCAGCAAGUGUGGCAUCAAGCUCACAUGCUGACGCAUAAGCAACCGACCGCCAUGCCCCAGCAAGUGUGGCAUCCAGUUCAAAUGCCCGUGCAGCAGAAGCAACCGACCGCCGUGCCCCAGCAAGUGUGGCAUCAAGCUCACAUGCUGACGCAUAAGCAACCGACCGCCAUGCCCCAGCAAGUGUGGCAUCAAGCUCAAAUGACCCUGCAGCAGAAGCAACCGACUGCUGUGCCCCAGCAAGUGUGGUAUCCUCCUCAAAUGCCCCUGCAGCAGAAGCAACCGACAACUGUGCCCCAGCAAGUGUGGCAUCAAGCUCACAUGCUGACGCAUAAGCAACCGACCGCCAUGCCCCAGCAAGUGUGGCAUCAAGCUCAAAUGACCCUGCAGCAGAAGCAACCGACUGCUGUGCCCCAGCAAGUGUGGUAUCCUCCUCAAAUGCCCCUGCAGCAGAAGCAACCGACCGCCGUGCCCCAGCAAGUGUGGCAUCCAGUUCAAAUGCCCCUGCAGCAGAAGCAACCGACCGCCGUGCCCCAGCAAGUGUGGCAUCCAGUUCAAAUGCCCCUGCAGCAGAAGCAACCGACCGCCGUGCCCCAGCAAGUGUGGCUUCAAGCUCAAAUGCCCCUGCAGCAGAAGCAACCGACCGCCGUGCCCCAGCAAGUGUGGCAUCCAGCUCAAAUGCUGCAAAAGCAACCGACCGCUGUGCCCCUGCAAGUGUGGUAUCCUCCUCAAAUGCCCCUGCAGCAGAAGCAACCGACCGCCGUGCCCCAGCAAGUGUGGCAUCCAGUUCAAAUGCCCCUGCAGCAGAAGCAACCGACCGCCGUGCCCCAGCAAGUGUGGCUUCAAGCUCAAAUGCCCCUGCAGCAGAAGCAACCGACCGCCGUGCCCCAGCAAGUGUGGCAUCCAGCUCAAACGCCCCAGAAGCAACCGACCGCCGUGCCCCAGCAAGUGUGGCAUCCUUCUCAAAUGCCCCUGCAACCGACCGCUGUGCCCCAGCAAGUGUGGCAUCCAAAUCAAAUGCUGCAAAAGCAACCGACCGCUGUGCCCCAGCAAGUGUGGCAUCCUGCUCUAAUGCCCCUGCAGCAGAAGCAACCGACCGCCGUGACCCAGCAAGUGUGGCAUCCUGCUCUAAUGCCCCUGCAGCAGAAGCAACCGACCGCCGUGCCCCAGCAAGUGUGGCAUCCUUCUCAAAUGCCCCUGCAAACAACCGCUGUGCCCCAGCAAGUGUGGCAUCCAAAUCAAAUGCUGCAAAAGCAACUGACCGCUGUGCCCCAGCAAGUGUGGCAUCCUGCUCAAAUGCCCCUGCAGCAGAAGCAACCGACUGCCAUGCCUCAGAAAGUGUGGCAUCCUGCUCAAAUGCCCCUGCAGCAGAAGCAACCGACCGCCGUGCCCCAGCUGGGGUGGCAUCCUGCUCAGUUUCCCCAGCAGAAGCAACUGGCCGCCAUGCCUCUACUGCAGAAGGAACCAACCACCAUAGCCCAGCAACCUCAGCAGGUGUGGCAUCCAGUUCAAAUGUCCAAGAAUCGAACAGCCACUGAACCUCAGCAGCAGAAGCAACCAUCCACCACGCCCCAGCAAGCUCGGCAUCCAGCUCAAUUUCCCCAGCAGAAGCAACUGGCCCCCAUAGCCCAGCAACCGCAGCAUGUAUGGCAUCCAGCUCAAAUGUCCAAGAAUCGAACAGCCACUGAACCUCAGCAGCAGAAGCAACCACCCACCAUGUCCGAGCAAUCGUGGCAUCCAGCUCAAAUGCCCCUGCAGCAGAAGCAACCGGCCACUGAACCUCAACAGAAGGAACAGACCGCCAUGCCCCAGCAAAUGUGGUAUCGAGCUAAAAUGCUCCAACAGGAGAAUCAUCUGGCCGCCAUUCUCCAGCAGCCUCCGCUCGUGUGGCAUCCAUCUCAAUUUCCCCAGCAGCAGAAGGAACUGGCAGUCGAGCAGCAGAAGGAACUGGCAGUCGAGCAGCAGAAGGAACUGGCAGUCGAGCAGCAGAAGGAACUGGCAGUCGAGCAGCAGAAGGAACUGGCAGUCGAGCAGCAGAAGGAACUUGUGGUCGAACCUCAGCAAGUGAGGUAUCCAGCUCAAAUGGCCCAGCAGCAGAAGCAACCGACCGCUGUGCCCCAGCAAGUGUGGCAUCCAAAUCAAAUGCUGCAAAAGCAACCGACUGCCAUGCCCCAGCAAGUGUGGAAUCCAUUUCACACACUGCAGAAGCAACCGACCGCCGUGCCCCAGCAAGUGUGGCAUCCUGCUCAAAUGCCCCUGCAGCAGAAGCAACCGACCGCCGUGCCCCAGCUGGGGUGGCAUCCUGCUCAGUUUCCCCAGCAGAAGCAACUGGCCGCUAUGCCUCUACUGCAGAAGGAACCAACCACCAUAGCCCAGCAACCUCAGAAGGUGUGGCAUCCAGCUCAAAUGUCUAAUAAUCGAACAGCUACUGAACCUCAGCAGCAGAAGCAACCACCCACCACGUCCGAGCAAGUGUGGCAUCCAGCUCAAAUGCCCCUGCAGCAGAAGCAACCGGCCACUGAACCUCAACAGAAGGAACUGACCGCCAUGCCCCAGCAAAUGUGGUAUCGAGCUAAAAUGCUCCAACAGGAGAAUCAUCUGGCCGCCAUUCUCCAGCAACCUCCGCUCGUGUGGCAUCCAUCUCAAUUUCCCCAGCAGAAGGAACUGGCAGUCGAGCAGCAGAAGGAACUCGCCGUCGAGCAGCAGAAGGAACUCUCCGUCGAACCUCAGCAAGUGAGGUAUCCAGCUCAAUUGGCCCAGCAGCAACCCAACCCCAUUCCUCAGCAAUUUUGGCAUGUAGCCCAAAUUUCCCAGCAGCAACUGACCCCAAAUUCCCAGCAGAAGCACUACGAAAGCACUGAAGAUGGUGCCUCUGGUAGUUCUCAAGCCAGCAUUGUUGAACAGUCGGGUGUCAUCCCAAUCUCUUCCUACAGUUCCAAAUCGCACUACAAGAAUGGCAGAACUGGAGUCUCCCAAAUCGGCUACACUCCUAGAGAGGCCAUGCCUGUUGACAGUGGAAAUGCUCCCAAGGACGGUUAUGUUAGCAUUGGCGCACCAAGCAUAUAUCCAACACUAGUGAAGGAUUCUGCAAGGAAAAUAUAAUGGAUUCAUCCUCUAGAAGCUCUAAUGACCAGGAAGUUGCUGGUGCUCUUGCUACUCUAGUGGGAUGGAAUCAAUAAACAAUUUUACUU